CUGAAGAAGAUCUCUCAGGACCAGCAGCUGCUCCUCUAUGGGUGGUUCAAGCAGGUGAAGGAAGGGGAUUGCAACACCGCCAAGCCAGGAAUGCUGGACUUUUCUGGCAAAGCCAAGUGGGAGGCAUGGAACAAGAACAAAGGCAUGUCCAAGGACGAGGCAAUGCAGAAGUACGUCGAGGCUGUUAACCAGUGGAAGUCU